AACUGUAACCGCCUUUUGCAUCAAAUCCACAUUUGAAUCUGAUUCACAAAAUUGUUUGUGGUACUUACAUUAAAAAAAGUUGGAUUCAACAUGGCUUCUGUUGAUAAUUUAAUUGAGAAACUUGCAGCUGCAUCUGUUGAUGAAGAAGACAAAGAUAAAGAAGUAAGUUUUGUUGGAAAAGCCUUAACAUUAGACACCGAGGAAGAUGCUGCCGAAAUCGUGAAGGCGAUCGAAAAUUGCCCUGGCAUGACAACAUUGCAACUGGAAGGAAAUACAGUUGGUAUUCCUGCUGCAAAAGCUAUCGGCAAGGCUUUAGAAAGCCAGUCUGCUUUUAAAAAAGCACUAUGGAAAGACAUGUUUACAAGAAGAGAUAAGACUGAAAUUCCUCAAGCCUUAAGUCAUUUGAGUAAAGGUAUAAUGACAGCAAAUGCUAAAUUAGUAGUGUUAGACCUGAGUGACAAUGCUUUUGGUCCAAGAGGAUUGGUAGGUCUCCAAGAGCUUUUACAAUCUCCUUGCUGUUAUACUUUGGAAGAACUUCAUUUUAAUAACAAUGGGUUGGGUAUCCAAGGAGCCAGAUUGCUGUCAGAAUCUAUAUCUCAUUGUAUUGAAAGCAGCCUGCGUGCAGGCACCCCAAUGAAAUUGAAGAUUUUCGUCUGUGGUCGCAAUCGACUGGAGAAUGAUGGAGCAAUUGCUGUUGCAGAGUUUUUGAAAGAAUUGGGAACUUUGGAAUCGAUUGCAAUGCCUCAAAAUGGGAUUUAUUCUCCUGGUAUUAAGGCUUUAGCAGAUGCAUUCUAUGCAAAUCCUAAGUUAAAAGUUAUCAAUCUUGAAGACAAUAGCUUGACAGAAAAAGGUGCACAAUGCAUAGCUGAUUGUUUACCAUCUCUACAUCAUCUUCAGAUGCUGAAUCUCGGUGACUGUCUUGUACGGACAGGAGGUGCUCUUGCCUUAGCAAAUGCUCUUGAAGAUGGCUGCCCUGAAAUUAGAAAUAUCAAUCUAGGCUUCAAUGAAAUUGACAUAACAGGAGGGGAAGCUAUAGUUGGUGCACUUGCUCACAAGGAGUCUUUAGAGACUAUUAUAUUAAAUGGAAAUAACUUUGGUGAAGAUGGUUGCCAAUUUAUUAAAGAUAAAAUGGGAGAAUUGGGCAAACUGGAGGUUUUAGGAUCACUGAGUGAAGAUGAAGGUGAGAAUGAUGAUGAUCCUGAAGAUGAUGACGACGAGGAUUAUGAAGACAUUGAUGAAGAUGAUGAUGAUGACGACGACGAUGAUGAUUCACAAGAUGAAUCCAGCAGGGCAAUGGGAGACCAAACUCAUCGAAGUCCGAUGUCCAGAACCAGCCAUAAAAGCCCCAUGACUAAGCUCAGCUUUGCAGAUUUUCUUUCAAAUCCUACCCCUGAAACACUUGUGGCUCUUCACAAGGCUAAAGAAGAUGUCAUGUCAAUUCUUCCCAAAGAUCCCACAAUUACAGAUUAUCUUGAAGUGUUUUUAACAAUAUCUUUGGUUGUCACCCUUCAGGAUGACAGCGCUAAAACUGCAGCUUCCAAGUAUGCGGAUGACUUACUAUCAAAAGCUUAUAGCCUUGAUUCAGAAGAUGCGACAGAUUUCAACAAUCAGUUUUUAGUUGUCAUUGGGCUUCUGAAAGGAGAGGACCAAAAACCCAAGUAUGGUUUAGACAUCAGUGGUCCUCUAUUGGUAAUAGAGCAUGCAGUGAAACAACCUUAUUUUCAUGCUUCUACAAGAAACUUGCUUCAGUUAUUCUUAUCGCAACCACUGCAGUAUGUUACAGCUGAAAAUAAAGCAAAACAUGUGUUAAUGAAAACUUUGUAUCAAUGUUGACUGGGUAACAAAUAAUAAUAAUAAUAAAAAUUCUUUUUUA